AGGAAGCCAGUCGAGAUGGAGAGCUACCUGAAGGAGAACUUUGGGGGCGUGAAGGCGAAGCACUCGUCGGACGAGGCGCUGGGCCGAUGGCGCAGCGUCGUCGGCGUCGUCAAGAACCCCACGCGGCGGUUCCGCUUCACCGCCAACCUCGACAAGCGCUCCGAGGCCGCCGCCAUGAAGCGCUCCAACCAGGAGAAGCUCCGCGUCGCCGUCCUCGUCUCCAAGGCCGCGCUCCAGUUCAUCCACGGCCUCCCGCCGCAGGCCGACUACGCGGUCCCCGCCGCCGUCGCGGCGGCGGGCUUCGGCGUGUGCGCGGAGGAGCUGAGCUCCGUCGUGGAGAGCCACGACGUGAAGCGCCUCAAGUCCCACGGCGGGGUGGAGGGCGUCGUGUCCAAGCUCUCCACAUCGGCGUCCGACGGCCUCCCUGCGUCGGCGCGCAAGCUGGCUACGCGCCAGGAGCUCUUCGGCGUCAACCGGUUCGCGGAGGCCGAGCCCCGCAGCUUCUGGGUCUUCGUGUGGGAGGCGCUCCAGGACAUGACGCUCAUGAUCCUCGCCGCCUGCGCGCUCGUCUCCCUCCUCGUCGGCGUCGCCACCGAGGGCUGGCCCCACGGCGCGCACGACGGGCUCGGCAUCGUCGCCAGCAUCCUCCUCGUCGUCUUCGUCACCGCCACCAGCGACUACCGCCAGUCGCUGCAGUUCAAGGACCUCGACAAGGAGAAGAAGAAGAUCACCGUGCAGGUCACCCGGGGCGGGUACCGGCAGAAGCUCUCGAUCUACGACCUCCUCGUCGGCGACAUCGUCCACCUCUCCAUUGGAGAUCAGGUGCCUGCCGACGGGCUGUUUGUGUCCGGGUUCUCGCUGCUCAUCAACGAGUCGAGCCUCACUGGCGAGAGCGAGCCCGUCGCCGUCAACGCCGAGAACCCGUUCCUGCUGUCGGGGACCAAGGUGCAGGACGGCUCGUGCAAGAUGCUCGUCACCACCGUCGGCAUGAGGACGCAGUGGGGCAAGCUGAUGGCCACCCUCAGCGAGGGCGGCGACGACGAGACGCCGCUGCAGGUCAAGCUCAACGGCGUCGCCACCAUCAUCGGCAAGAUCGGCCUCAUCUUCGCCGUCGUCACGUUCGCCGUGCUCACCCAGGCCCUAUUCUGGCGCAAGGUCUCCGACGGCUCCUACUUCAGCUGGACCGGGGAUGACGCGCUGGAGCUGCUCGAGUUCUUCGCCAUCGCCGUCACCAUCGUCGUCGUCGCCGUCCCCGAGGGCCUGCCGCUCGCCGUCACGCUCAGCCUCGCGUUCGCCAUGAAGAAGAUGAUGAACGACAAGGCGCUCGUCCGCCACCUCGCCGCCUGCGAGACCAUGGGAUCCGCCACCUCCAUCUGCAGCGACAAGACCGGCACGCUCACCACCAACCACAUGACCGUCGUCAAGGCCUGCAUAUGCGGCAAGGUCAAGGACGUGGGCAGCUCAUCGGCGGAGACCAAGACCUUGACCUCCGACCUGCCGAGCUCCGUCGUGGCGAUGCUCCUGCAGUCCAUCUUCAACAACACCGGCGGCGACGUCGUCGUCAACCAGGACGGCAAGCGCGAGAUACUGGGCACGCCCACCGAGACCGCCAUCCUGGAGUUCGGGCUGUCGCUGGGCGGUGACUUCUCCACCGUCCGCAAGGCGAGCACCCUCAUCAAGGUCGAGCCGUUCAACUCGGCGAAGAAGAGGAUGGGGGUGGUCAUCCAGCUCCCCGGCGGCGCUCUGCGAGCUCACUGCAAGGGCGCGUCAGAGAUCAUCCUGGCAUCGUGCACCAAGUACAUGGACGAGCACGGCAACGUCGUCGAGCUUGACGGCGCAACCGUGGAUCACCUAAAGGCUACCAUUGACAGCUUCGCCAACGAGGCGCUUCGCACGCUGUGCCUUGCCUACAUCGACGUCGACGAGGGGUUCUCGGCAAACGAUCAGAUUCCAAUGGAUGGGUACACCUGCAUUGGCAUUGUGGGGAUCAAGGACCCUGUCCGUCCUGGCGUCAAGGAAUCGGUCGCCAUCUGCAGGUCAGCAGGCAUCACCGUCAGGAUGGUUACGGGUGACAACAUCAACACGGCCAAGGCGAUUGCGCGGGAAUGCGGCAUUUUGACUGAAGGUGGCGUUGCCAUUGAAGGACCAGACUUCAGAGUCAAGAGUGAAGAAGAAUUACAGGAACUGAUACCGAAAAUACAGGUGAUGGCAAGGUCUUCGCCACUUGACAAGCACACAUUGGUCAAGCAUCUUCGGACUACAUUUGAUGAAGUUGUCGCGGUGACUGGUGAUGGCACAAAUGAUGCACCUGCACUUCAUGAAGCUGAUAUUGGGCUUGCAAUGGGCAUUGCUGGAACUGAGGUCGCAAAAGAGAGUGCCGAUGUUAUCAUUCUUGAUGACAACUUCUCCACUAUAGUCACUGUUGCUAAAUGGGGUCGAUCAGUGUACAUCAAUAUUCAGAAGUUUGUGCAGUUUCAGCUGACAGUAAAUGUGGUUGCUCUCGUUGUAAACUUCUCCUCGGCUUGCUUGAUAGGGAGUGCUCCUCUUACUGCUGUGCAAUUGCUCUGGGUCAACAUGAUCAUGGACACACUAGGCGCAUUAGCAUUGGCCACAGAACCUCCAAACAAUGAGCUGAUGAAGAGAACUCCGGUUGGGAGGAAAGGAAACUUCAUCAGCAACAUCAUGUGGAGGAACAUCAUGGGACAGGCCAUCUACCAGUUCCUUGUGAUCUGGUAUCUGCAGGCUGAAGGGAAAUGGCUCUUCGGAAUCAAGGGUGACAACUCCGAUCUAGUCUUGAACACAAUCAUCUUCAACUGCUUCGUAUUCUGCCAGGUUUUCAAUGAGGUGAGCUCAAGGGAGAUGGAGAGGAUAAACGUCUUCGAGGGCAUCCUAGACAACAACGUGUUCGCCGCCGUCCUCGGCAGCACCGUGGUCUUCCAGUUCAUCAUCAUCCAGUUCCUCGGCAGCUUCGCGAACACGACCCCUCUCACGUUCACGCAGUGGAUCGCCUCCAUCUUCAUCGGCUUCAUAGGCAUGCCGAUCGCCGCCGCGGUGAAGAUGGUCCCGGUCGAUUCCGUGUAGGAAACACAGCUAGUUCCUGUCAGAAUUCAGAAACUGAAGCCCGGCAAUUUUGGCCGUUGCCAUUUGCAUAACAUAGCUUGCUUUCCCUGUGUAAUGCAUUUAGGUGAGUCACUGAAAAUUUACAUUGCUUUUGAUAUAGAGGUUGAGCCAGGGUAACGGGCCUGAUUAUUCAAAGUGUUGAUGUUGAAUAG